CCAAUAUCCCAACUAUUAGUUACCCCAAUUUCUCUCGGUCACACUCGCUCCUGCUGAUUCGGCAAAUCUGCCCCUCCUCAUCCGCACCUCAACCUCAACCUGACCGAUACCGAUUACCCGACCAUCAACGCCCACAUUCACGUCUUUCAAUUGACCUGCACUCAUAACCCGCGUUAAGUCUGUGCCUUCUCCUAUAACCUUCCGACGCCAAAUCCUGCUUUCCGUUCAAUCGUCGUCUCCGCCUUUCGCCGCAAGUUCUAGCACACCGAAACUCGACCAGGAUCUUUUCUUUACUCCCCUGUAUUUUGAUCGAUCGGAACACAUGAGAACUACGUAGGGAUUGUGACAAACACAACAUAACAAGCCGUCGCAAUGGCGCGACGUUAUCAAAUCGAUGAGUUGAUAUGGCUGCGCGAGUCACCGCUGGUCACGCGGCCAGCCAAUCUACCUCCGGUGGAGGAAUGGAUGGGGCCGCUGCCUGAUCGUACGGCUCAACGAAACCCUAGCAACAACCAUAACGAAACGUCAGGUCGCCGGCCAAGCAAUUUCGAGACCCGUCACAUAUCUCGCAAUUCAAAUUCAGAGGAAAUUGUCCUCGGACCCCCAAAAACCGCCUUUGCUUCUGCAUCCCGUAUACCCGGUAAAGGCUCAAUAGACGCCUCAGAACGUUCACCAGCCUCAGAUGAAACAAAGAAUGACAGGUUCAAGUUUUUCAGAGACCGGGAAGCCGGCGAAAGAGACUUUGCUGGGCGUGAGGGGAAGAUGGGGACAUUCAAUAAUCGGAGGGGAGAGAAGGAGGACUGGAAUAAUGGCCGCACGCGUCGUGCUCUCGGUCAAGAUGAACAAGACAAAAGGUCCAAGCGCAACGGAGAUUUCGACAGGUGGGAAUCCCGCGAUUCCCAAGACCAUAACGCAGCAAAAGACAAAGACGGACGCUUUUUCCCUCGCCGGGAAGCGCUAGCUGGGCGUGCUAGACAUGAGGGCAGUUGGUUCCGUGAAGAUAAAGGACAAGAAGCACCCGAUGCGGAAGAAGAGAAAGCUUCACUUCGCAGCCGAGAUUGGCGCCGUGACAGACAUGGCGCUGACCGUGAAUGGACUCGUGGAGCAAAGCUGGAGCAAGAGCCUGAGUGGCUGGAUGCGACAGGCCGAGACGAACCUCGAAGAGUCCACACACAAGAGGAUUUUGAGCGCUGGAAAGAGAAGAUGAAAGCUGGUUCUUCCCAAGCUCAACCCGAAGAGAGGAAAGAUUCCCCCAAUGAGAGGGUCCCGGAACCUGUACAGAGAUCAGAGCCCAGGCCUACCGAUGGCGAGAUCUUUAGCCCGAGCGGCGCUGCUCUUCACGACAGUACAAUGGAGCGCUUCUUCGGCCUGCUGGGUGACACGAAGCCUGCUCAGGACUUGGGAUCGCCUCUCCCUUCAGAAUCGACUGUGAAGAAGGAAUCGACUGUGGGAAAGCCUGUAAAGUCCUCUCGCUUUGCAGGCCUAUUCAGUCCUCCUCUCGGCAGCCCUGCAAAGGAGCCCGAGUCGCCGAUUAGCUCUAGAUCUCCUGCACCAAUGAACUCCUCGACCGAUGCUGAUCAAGAAGGCUUUCAGCGUAUCUUACAAAUGCUCGGUGGUGGGAAAUCGCGUAAUACCACGCCUCAUAACGAUCCUACACAGAACAAUGCUCAACCAAACCGUCCUUCUUCCUUGGUCCAUGCAGAACAGACUCGCAGCCCGAUAUCUCCUUCUCGUGAGCAGGGCCAACGCCUGGAGCAUAUAGCCACACAAGGCACUCCUGCACGGGGAGUGGACGCCCCACUCAAGGAGAAUUUGUUUAGCCAGGAAUCUCAAGGACGAGACAGCCAAUAUCUGCUUCGGCUGAUGCAACAAGUGAGAGUCAGUCCCGGUGCUGGCCCCAAUCAAGGCCCUCAAAAUCAGCCACAGAGUACUGGACCACCCCCUGGGCUAAUGAAUAUGCCUGAUGGCAUGCCUCAUCCCCAUGGAGUAGAGCCUUCUAUGAAAGGUCCCAGCUUUUUGAAUGACCCCGCAAUCGCCACGAUGCAGAGAUCGGAUGUUGAUCAGCUGCGACGACGGCCUACUAAUGGGCCGCCAAUGGGCUACUUUGACGACGUUCCCUUGGCGCAGGGUCCCAUUACACCUGGUGGCAGCCGUGUUCCUCAGGGCCAUGCGCCACCCAUGGGCAUCCAGCGCCCUCCUGGUUUUGAGCACAUGCCACCUCCCGGUUGGGCUGGUCACCAUAUGCCCCCGCAACAAACUGCCCCUCCAGCUCCUUUGGCCCCUCCCCCCGGUAUUCCAACCCCGAACAGGGGCGUCAACCCCAAUUAUAUCUCCAACGUGAUGCCAAUGCCUGGAAACAUGCCGCUUAAUGAGCGUCAGCCAUUCCCACGUGGACCUAUUCCGCCUGGAAUGAUGCCGCCCCCGGGUUACAUGAACGGCCUGCCCCCCGGCGGCUUCCCGCCCGUUCCACACAAUGGGGAGAAUGUGAUGGGACUAUUUGACGGAAAUCCCGGUAUUCAAGGCCCACCACCGUCUUCCAGACACUUGCUAGACAUGUUCGGACAGGUGGGAACUGAUGCCAGAGGUGGUAUGGUGGGUCCCAGGCAGUUUAGAUAAGCAGGUACGCAGAGCAAGGUGAUAUGCCCAGUUGUUCGAGUGCGAUGGAGUUUGCAUGCUUUCUCGUCAGUAACAAUCCUGCCCUGCGGAAGCGUAUCCAAGUCUGUAUAUCUUUAUCGUCACCCUCACUGAGGGCAGGAUGUCCGCAUCUAAACAGUCACUACCUUAACUUGACUUGACGUCAGAAGCGAGCUUGUGAGAGUAAUACCGAUCGUUGAUAUCUCGGAUCAUGUACGCGAUCUAUGCGCUGCUCGUC